CUGCAUCCUCCUCCUCCCUCCUUUUUCUAGUUCUUCCUUUCAACUAUUCUCUCGUCAAAAAAACUCAGAAUUAAUCGUUCCCUUUUUUCUUUCAGUUGAGUUUAUUUCUCUCUCUAUGGUUCCCCGAGAUAAAUAUGCUGCUACUGUUUCUGAGCAACGGCUUCAUCAAAACUUUGAAUCUAUGAACCCACAAGUUAACGAUUAUGAUGGACGCGUUGGCUAUCUAAACACCAGCCUUCGACUAAAAAGCCGAAGUAUGAGCUCAGAUUCAGAUGAAGAUGGUCGCCCCAAACGGUUCAGGCCGUCACCAGAAUCUAAUUCAGAGGAUGGAGAAAUGAAUUUUGUCAAUGAGGCAAACCUUCUUGGUCUGGCACUAAAGAAGACGCCAUCUUUUUUGAACUUAAUAGAAACACAACUUUCAGAAGGAAAGAAAGGAAGUUCUUCUAGCAGUCCUCCGCGCCAAUUGGGAAGACCAGCAGAUUCUUCUCGCAAAGGAAAUCAAAUGAAUUCUUCGAAAAAUGCUAAUAGAAAUAGGUCAAAGAUGGAGGAUUUUGCUGCUGUUUCUGAAAAAUUGAAGGCUUCCAACUUCCCUGCUAUAAAGCUCAAGAUUGGUGACUGGGAGAGAGUUUCAAGGUACGAAGGUGAUUUGAUAGCAAAAUGUUAUUAUGCUAAGCGAAAAUUAGUAUGGGAAAUUCUAGAUGGACCACUGAAGAGCAAGAUUGAAAUGCAAUGGUCAGAUAUCAUUGCUAUUAGAGCCAUCAUUCUACAAAAUGAUCAAUCAGGAGUUCUCGAGAUUGAGUUGAACCAACCACCUUACUUUUAUCGUGAAACAAAUCCUCAACCUCGAAAGCACACAUUAUGGCAGCAGACAUCAGAUUUUACUGGAGGCCAAGCUCCCACUUACAGGAGGCACUGGAUUAGAUUUCCUCCCGGAGUACUUGACAAGCACUAUGAGAAGCUACUACAUUAUGAUGCAAGGCUGAAUGAACUAAGCAAACAACCUUUCCCUAGCCAAUUAUCUCCUUAUUUUGAAUCAGAUGUUCCUGAAUUUUCAGAUUUCUUUGACAAUAGAUAUGGAUCCCAGUUUUUCCCCAAGAUGCAUCAUCCUAUUCGUUUCUCUUCUUCUGUUUUAAUCCCUAACCAUCCAAUGCAUAAUAAAAGAACAACGAUGGCACCUGUCAGACAUUUCAAUUCAAGUUUUUCAGUGUCAGGUGAGAGGAGAAGUAACUAUGCAAACACCAACCAAAGGAGGGUGCUUUUGCGCCAAGGACCAAACAACUUGGUGAAUGUUGCAAUGGGAAAUCAAACUAUUGGAAUGUUGCCCGUUUCUACAACACCACAAGCUAAUUUGGGUAUUCCAACACAGAAUUAUCAAGCUAUGUAUCAACAAAAUGAGUUGACGGGACAUAAUCAAGAUAAUGUAGUGCUAAACUAUAUAGAGAACCAUUUAUUGAAUGACAAUCCAAUGGCAUCCUCCAAUGAAUUAAAACUAGUUGGAAAUGCAGACUCGAUGUACUCAUCGUUCGAGCAUCACCAAAAUGGAAGUGUUGAUGCUACAAAUGAUGAACAUGGUUUAAACUUUGGUUAUCAUAUGAUAGACAACUAUGCACAGGAUGCUGUACCAAACAAUGGACUGGCUUACGCGGAGCCAAUUAAUUGGAUGGUUCCUCAAGAAACACAUCAAAAUCUAAAGUUGGAACAAUUUAUGGAGCAUUCAACUAGUCUUUCUACCUAUUCUGAUACAGUCCAUGGAUGUUAUCCAACUCCAGAUGUUUACGGCGAACAAAAAAGUAGGGUUCAAGGGGAGUAGGCGACAAAAGAGAUCUUGUUCCAUGUUUUUCCUUUUUGCAAAUACAUUUUUAUGGUCUUAUCAGAAAGUAGAUAACUUUGGGACCUCUCAAAUUAAGGGGUCUCCUCGUCAAUUCUACCUUCCAUCUUUCAUUGGGGUUA